AUGAUCCAGGGUGACCUCAAGGUGCUACCCUGGGGCCAAGAAGGCCGAUUCUCCCCCGGGGACCUGGACAGUAAUCAGCCCCUGAACAGCCAUGAUGCCACCCCACCGCACAAGCCCCGCACCCGCCUGGAGACCUUCAAAAGGGUGGGGGUCCCAGUCCUCGCGGCGCUGCUGAGCCUGGUAACCAUCAUCAUCGUGGCCAUCCUCAUUAAGGUGAUUCUGAAUAAAUACUACUUCAUCUGCCAACACCCCCUGACCUUCAUCCCGAGGACGCAGGUGUGUGAUGGGCAGCCCGACUGCACCUCGGGAGAGGACGAGGCAGACUGUGUCAAGGACUUCCCUGAGAGACCCACGGUGGCAGUCCGCCUCUCCAAGGACAGAUCGACUCUACAAGUACUGGACCCGGUCACAGGGAACUGGGCCUCUGCCUGUUUUGACAACUUCACAGAAGCCCUGGCCAAGACAGCCUGUGGACAGAUGGGCUAUCACAGCCAACCGACUUUCAGAGCAGUGGAGAUCAUGCCAGACCAGAAGCUGAUUGUUCUUCAGGUUACAGAAAACAACCAGGAGCUUCAGGCUCAGAACUCAAGUGGACCCUGUGUCUCAGGCUCCCUGGUUUCUCUGCAAUGCCUGGCCUGCGGGAAGAGUCUGAAGAGUCCCAGGGUGGUCGGUGGGGAGGAGGCCUCUGUGGACUCGUGGCCUUGGCAGGUGAGCGUCCAGUACAAUCAGCAGCAUGUCUGUGGUGGGAGCAUCCUCGACCCCCUCUGGAUCCUCACAGCGGCCCACUGCUUCAGGAAGUAUCUGGAUGUGUCCAACUGGAAAGUGAGGGCCGGCUCAGACCAACUGGGCAAUUUCCCAUCCCUGCCUGUGGCCAAGAUCUUCGUCACCAAACACAACCCCUUGUCCCCCAAGGAGAAGGACAUUGCUCUCGUAAAGCUGCAGCACCCACUCACAUUCUCAGCCACAGUGAGACCCAUCUGCCUGCCCUUCUUUGAUGAGACGCUCGCACCAGCCACCCCGCUCUGGGUCAUCGGAUGGGGCUUGACAGAGCAGAAUGGAGGAAAGAUGUCUGACACGCUGCUGCAGGCGACAGUCCAGGUGAUCGACAGCACACGGUGCAACGCUGAGGAUGCCUACCAGGGGGAAGUGAGCGAGAAGAUGCUGUGCGCAGGCCUCCCAGGUGGUGGUGUGGAUACCUGCCAGGGUGACAGCGGCGGGCCCUUGAUGUACCAGUCUGACCAGUGGCAGGUGGUGGGCAUUGUGAGCUGGGGCUAUGGCUGUGGGGGUCCCAGCACUCCAGGAGUGUACACCAAGGUCACAGCCUAUCUUGACUGGAUCUACACCGUCCGGAAGUCUGAGCCGUAAAGCCGCUGACCCUCUUCAGUACUGAGCUGCUUCCCGCCCUUGCCCUGCACCCCCAGAACCCCCCAGAAGUCAG